AUGGGUGUAUCUCUACGCGAUCGUCUUCAGGACUAUGCGGGGCCUCUGCUCCUUCUCAUCAUCUGCAUCAUCUAUCUACCCAUCACAUUGGCCGCCCAUCCUCUUCUCCUCUUAACUUCGCCGUCUUCAUUUCGAUCCAAAUGGUUCGAGAGCUUCUGGACCGUUGUGGGUCCCAAAAUGGCUGCGGACAAGGUCCAAAUGACCGAAAUUCAUGACCUUCUGUCUCGGGCCCGCGGCAAAGUCCUCGAGUUGGGCCCUGGAGCCGGUGAUCAGAUGUAUCAUUACAAUCCUCGACAGAUUGAAACCCUGUGGGCGGCUGAACCCAAUGUGUUUCUGCACCCCAAACUACUCGAGGCCGCCGACAAGAAUGGACUACGCAGCAAAUUUCACGCGCUGGAAGCUGGUGCUGAACCGGGGACUCUCCUCCCUGCCCUCAAACGUGCCAAUUUGAUCUCCGGAACUUCAACCUCCUUGCCUAAGGAUGGUGUUUUCGACACCAUUGUCGUGGUCAAAGCUCUGUGUUCAAGCCAGCAGUCUCAACUCGCCUCCACAUUGGCCAUUGUCCAGGGGCUUCUGAAGCCUGGCGGUCAAUUCUUGUUCUUUGAGCAUGUCGAGAGCAACUCGGACCCCAUCACCGUUCUUUACGCCUCAGCGCUGAACUUGGUAUGGCCAGCCUUUGCCGGUGGGUGUCAGCUCAAGGGCAAAGUGGACAAGCUUGUCCUGGGCAUGGGUGGUUGGGCUGACAAAAAGGUCACAACCGUUGGUGACCAUAAGGGACACGAGGUGCUUAGAUAUGUCAAAGGGACUGCGACCAAAGCUUGAUUUACGCGAGCUAUGAAGAAUCAACAUGACCAAGGUGCUUACGCGUAAGGACUAGGAACACAGGUUUGAUUGUACAUCAUUAUUCAUUUCGAUUUUGCCAGCAACUUGACGGCCUGCUAUACGCCCAGUAAUAAACAGCAGUUAUGAGAG